GGGGGAUGUCGCCAUGGCGGGGAUGGCGGCGGCUCUUCUGGGACCUCCUUCACCAUCCAGAAACUGAUAAAGAGAAUUGCAACUGAUUGGGGUUGCCCAGAGGGGUUGUGGGAUCUCCAUCCCUGGAGGUUUUCAAGAUGCAGUUGGAUGAGCACCAUGGAGUGAUGUGAGAAGCACCUGUUCUGUGUGAAGGAAAAGAAAUAAACAUUUGAUAAAGGGAAGAAACAAAACAUCUGAUAAAUGGAAGCCAUGAAGAUAUCAAAGCGGUUCUUCACUUUUGGGAUUUUGGCAUGCAUAGCUGUUUAUGUUGCAUACGUAAAAUGGCACUUGGAUUCCAAACCAGUUGUGGGAGAAACAGAAGGAGUUACUGAAAGCAGAGGAGACAAACUGAACCAUCAAGCUCUGACCACAGAUCACGCAGUCUUUUAUGGAAUUAUGUUUGAUGCAGGAAGCACAGGGACUCGCAUCCAUAUUUUUAAAUUUACACAGCAGCCAAAAGAGACUCCCAAAUUAACCCAUGAGACGUUUAAAGCACUGAAGCCAGGUCUAUCCGCAUAUGCUGAUGAUGUCGAAAAGAGUGGCCAGGGAAUAAAAGAGCUCCUGGAGGUGGCGAAGAAGGAAGUUCCUAUGGAGCUGUGGAAGUUUACUCCUGUGGUCCUGAAAGCCACAGCUGGCCUACGGUUGCUGCCAGGAGAGAAAGCUCAGAAGUUGCUGGAUAAGGUGAAGGAGAUUUUUCAGGCCUCCCCCUUCUUCGUGAGGGAUAACUGUGUGUCGAUAAUGAACGGAACUGAUGAAGGUAUUUCAGCCUGGAUCACAAUAAAUUUUUUAACAGGUAGCCUAGAUGAUCCGCAGAAGAGAAGUGUAGGGAUGCUGGAUUUGGGUGGUGGAUCAACACAGAUCACCUUCCUUCCACGCACCGAGGCAACUCUGCAGACAUCACCAGCUGGCCAUACAACUUCGUUUCAGAUGUUUAACAACACCUACAAGUUGUAUUCGUACAGUUACCUGGGACUCGGGCUGAUGUCAGCAAGGCUUGCCAUUUUAGGAGGAGUUGAGGGAAAACCCUUAGGAGAAGGGGAGGAAUUGAUCAGCCCUUGUUUACCACCUGGCUUCAAAUCUGAAUGGCAACAUGCUGAGAUAGUGUACAAAAUUAAAGGACAGAAGGCAGGUGAGCCUCUCUAUGAGUCUUGUUCUAACAAAGUGGCAAAGAUGCUCUACAAAAAAGUGCAUAAAGCUGAGGAAGUGAAGGACCUGGAUUUUUACACUUUCUCCUACUACUAUGACCGUGCAGCAGAGAUUGGUCUCAUAGAUAAAGAAAAAGGAGGAAGCUUAACCGUCACUGACUUUGAAAUUGCAGCUAAAUAUGUAUGUAAGACCAUGGAAAUCAGGCCUGGAAGCAGCCCUUUUCUCUGCAUGGACCUCACGUACAUCACCUUCCUCCUGCAAGAACUGGGCUUCCUGAAGAGCCAAGUCUUUAAGCUUGCCCGGAAAAUUGACAAUGUUGAAACGAGCUGGGCGUUGGGAGCCACUUUUCAUUACAUCGACUCACUCAACAGACUGCAGUACUAAAGCUGCUUGAAGGUGACUUUUGGGAAUCUCAGUUUUAGGGAAGCCCAGUAUGGGAAAAUCUGUUGAAGGGCCUGCUUUUGGCUUCUGGAGUCCUUUGGGAAGUCAUCAUAAACUAGGCCUCUUUCCUCCUACCCCCUGCCAAGUCCCCUCCACCACUAGCUUUUUUACACUUCAGGGUGCAGUCUCUAAAGAAUAAGCCUUGACAGCAUCUGCAGUCAACUUGAUGUAAAACUUGGUCAUUGUUGAAGGAAACCCAGCACUCUGCAGGACAUCUGUGAUCUCUAUGAGAAAAACACACCUUUUUGGAAUAUGCCUGUACUAUGUGCUUGUACUGUGCUGAAGUUGUUGUAGGAAAUGGUCACUCCAGAAGGAACUCUGCUGUCCUGA